AUGUCACGACGGUCCAACUUUGUUCCUUCUGGAAAUGAGGGCGGCGAUCGUCUCGCUUUCUUCCAUAUUUUGGAGCAAUUAAAGACUCAGAGGCGCACCGGAUGGGUGAAUAACAGAGUGACGACCUCUUUCGCCAGCAUCAGUGAUCAUAUGCACAGAAUGAGUAUAUUGGCACUGUGCACCACCGACCAAGGCCUUGAUGUAUCGAAGUGUGUUAUGCUUUCGGUGGUGCACGAUCUGGCAGAGGCAAUAGUUGGGGACAUUGCCCCAUCGGAUGGAAUCCCGUCCGCGGAGAAGAAGAAACUGGAAGCCGAUGCCAUCAGCAGCAUGGUUGGUGACAUGCUUCAUGGGGGCCCUGCCGCACGAAGAAUAGAAGCGCUGUGGAAUGAAUAUGAGGCUGGCGAAACGGCGGAAGCGCGUUUUGUGAAAGAUUUAGAUCGCGUUGAAAUGGCCCUGCAAGCUUCGGAGUACGAAAAGAGACAUCGUAAAGAUCUCCAACCUUUCUUCGACAGUAGCAUCUCGAAAAUUCAGCAUCCCGAGGUUCAGGGCUGGGCCGCGGAUCUGAUCACUGAGCGUGCAUCGCGCGCAUCUGAACCUUGA